GCGGCGGCGGCGGCACCUGGCAGCCUGGGUGGGCAGCCGGAGGCUGGGCUAGGCUGACUGUCCCGCAGGGUCCCCGAUCUGGGAUCGCCCACCCCCCCGCAGCCCCCUGACUUCUGACUUCACCUGGUCCUCCUUCGCCCGGGCGCCGGCGGGCUGUGCUGACACACUGGAUCGCCGCAGGAGAUGAAGCUGUGACAGGUUUGAAGACACAAUGGCAGGAAACAGCCUUGUUCUACCCAUCGUCCUUUGGGGGCGCAAAGCCCCAACACACUGCAUCUCCUCAGUGCUGUUAACAGACGACAGGGCCACCAUUGUCACUGGAUGCCAUGAUGGACAGAUCUGUCUUUGGGAUCUUUCUGAGGACUUGGAAGUUAAUCCCCGAGCAUUGCUGUUUGGUCAUACAGCUUCAAUCACUUGUUUGUCUAAAGCUUGCGCUUCUGGUGAGAAACAGUAUAUUGUCAGUGCAUCUGAAAGUGGAGAGAUGUGUCUCUGGGAUGUGAGUGACGGCAGAUGUAUCGAAUUUACAAAACUCGCCUGCACACAUACUGGCAUACAGUUUUACCAGUUCUCUGUUGGAAAUCAGCGAGAAGGGAGGCUUUUAUGCCAUGGCCAUUAUCCUGAAAUCCUGGUGGCGGAUGCCACCAGCCUGGAGGUGUUGUACUCCUUGGUAUCGAAGAUUUCUCCAGACUGGAUCAGCUCCAUGAGUAUCAUCCGCUCCCAUCGGACGCAAGAGGACACUGUGGUAGCCCUUUCAGUGACAGGCAUCCUGAAGGUGUGGAUUGUCACCUCCGAAGUCAGUGGCAUGCAGGAAACUGAGCCAAUAUUUGAGGAGGAAUCAAAACCAAUUUAUUGUCAGAAUUGCCAAAGCAUCUCUUUCUGUGCAUUCACGCAAAGAUCCCUUUUGGUUGUGUGCUCCAAAUAUUGGAGGGUGUUUGAUGCCGGUGACUACUCCCUUCUGUGCUCGGGGCCCAGUGAGGAUGGACAGACAUGGACUGGAGGUGACUUUGUGUCCGCAGACAAAGUGAUCAUCUGGACUGAACACGGGCAGAGUUAUGUUUACAAGCUUCCUGCCAGUUGCCUUCCUGCUAGUGAUUCAUUCCGCAGUGAUGUGGGGAAAGCAGUUGAAAAUUUAAUUCCUCCGGUACAAUAUAGCCUCUUGGAUAGAACAGAUAAAGAGUUGCUAAUUUGCCCUCCUGUUACUCGGUUCUUCUAUGGAGACAAGGAAUCUGUCCAUAAACUAUUGAUCCAGGGUGAUUCUUCUGGAAGACUGAAUAUUUGGAGCCUCUCAGACACACCUGAUAAACAGAAAGACGCCGCCUCCAAGGAACUGAAAGUCACCACUUCCAUCAGCUUGCAAGAGGCGUUUGACAAACUCAGCCCGGUUCCCGCGGGCAUCAUCGACCAGCUGAGCGUGAUUCCCACCAGCCAGGAACCCCUGAAAGUCACGGCGAGCGUGUACAUCCCCGCGCACGGCCGGCUGGUGUGCGGCCGGGAGGACGGCAGCAUCGUCAUCGUGCCCGCCACGCAAACAGCCAUCGUGCAGCUGCUGCAGGGCGAGCACAUGCUCCGCAGAGGUUGGCCGCCGCACAGGACGCUCCGUGGCCAUCGGAACAAAGUCACAUGUUUGCUAUAUCCUCAUCAGGUCUCAGCUCGUUAUGAUCAGAGAUACCUGGUGUCUGGAGGUGUGGAUUUUUCAGUCAUAAUUUGGGACAUAUUUUCCGGAGAAAUGAAGCAUAUCUUCUGUGUGCACGGGGGCGAGAUCACUCAGCUUCUAGUCCCGCCCGAAAACUGCAGUGCCAGAGUGCAGCACUGUGUCUGUUCUGUGGCCAGUGACCACUCAGUUGGACUUCUGAGUUUACGAGAGAAAAAGUGCAUAAUGCUGGCCUCUCGCCACCUCUUCCCCAUUCAAGUCAUCAAGUGGCGGCCCUCCGAUGACUACCUGGUUGUGGGGUGCUCAGACGGCUCUGUGUACGUGUGGCAAAUGGACACUGGCGCCCUGGAUCGCUGCGUCAUGGGCAUCACGGCGGUGGAGAUCCUGAACGCCUGCGACGAGGCGGUGCCCGCCGCCGUGGACUCGCUCAGCCACCCCGCGGUCAACCUCAAGCAGGCCAUGACCCGCCGGAGCCUGGCCGCCCUGAAGAACAUCGCGCACCACAAGCUGCAGACGCUGGCCACCAACCUGCUGGCCUCCGACUCGGCCGACAAGGGAAAUUUACCUAAAUAUUCUCAUAACUCCCUGAUGGUUCAAGCAAUAAAGACCAACCUCACAGACCCGGACAUCCACGUGCUGUUCUUCGAUGUGGAGGCCUUGAUCAUUCAACUCCUGACCGAAGAAGCCUCGAGGCCGAACACGGCGCUCAUUUCCCCCGAGAACCUGCAGAAAGCGUCCGGCAGCGCGGACAAAGGGGGCUCCUUCCUCACGGGCAAGCGCGCGGCGGUGAUCUUCCAGCAGGUGAAGGAGACCAUCAAAGAGAACAUCAAGGAGCACCUGCUGGAUGACGAGGACGAGGACGAGGAGCUGCAGCGGCAGAGGCGCGAGGAGAGCGACCCCGAGUACCGGGCCAGCAAGUCGAAGCCACUGACCCUGCUGGAGUACAACCUGACCAUGGACACCGCCAAGCUCUUCAUGUCCUGCCUUCACGCCUGGGGCCUCAAUGCUGUCCUGGACGACGUGUGUCUCGAGCGGCUGGGCAUGCUGAAGCCCCACUGCACCGUGUCCUUCGGGCUCCUGUCCCGGGGGGGCCACAUGUCGCUGAUGCUCCCAGGCCACAACCAGGCGGCUCUCAGACUGUCCUCAGAGGGCGUCGGGAAGGGGACGUACGGAGUGUCCCGCGCCGUCACCACCCAGCACCUCCUGUCCAUCAUCUCUCUGGCCAAUACCUUAAUGAGCAUGACCAAUGCCACUUUCAUUGGCGACCACAUGAAGAAGGGCCCCACCAGGCCACCUAGACCAAGCACCCCAGACCUAUCUAAGGGAAAGGGUUCCCCGUCAACUUCCAGUAACGUGGUGCAAGGACAGAUUAAACAAGUUGCCGCACCUGUCGUUUCUGCUCGGUCUGACGCUGGUCCCUCUGGCCCCGACCCCGUUCCUACUCCUGCCUUACAUUCCUGUUUCUUAGUAAAUGAAGGCUGGAGUCAGCUGGCUGCCAUGCACUGUGUCAUGCUGCCCGACCUGCUGGGACUGGACAGGUUCCGACCCCCACUUCUGGAGAUGCUGGCCCGGAGAUGGCAGGACCGCUGCUUGGAGGUGAGAGAAGCUGCCCAGGCCCUGUUGCUUGCAGAGCUGAGAAGGAUCGAGCAGGCGGGACGGAAGGAAGCCAUUGAUGCCUGGGCUCCGUACUUACCUCAGUACAUGGACCACGUCAUAUCACCCGGAGUCACAGCAGAAGCCUUGCAGACCAUGAGCACCGCUCCAGAUGCCGCGGGCCAGGAAGCCAAAGUGCAAGAGGAGGAGCAUGACCUGGUGGAUGAUGACAUCACCACCGGGUGCUUGUCAAGUGUGCCACAAAUGAAAAAAAUUUCCACAUCUUACGAGGAAAGAAGAAAGCAAGCUACGGCUAUUGUUUUACUUGGAGUAAUCGGAGCCGAAUUUGGAGCUGAGAUUGAACCUCCCAAACUACUGACAAGGCCGCGAAGUUCCAGUCAGAUUCCAGAGGGGUUUGGUUUGACGAGCGGUGGAUCCAACUACUCACUGGCCAGACAUACUUGUAAGGCUCUGACGUUUCUCCUGCUCCAACCACCGAGCCCCAAGCUGCCACCGCACAGCACCAUCCGCAGGACAGCCAUCGACCUCAUCGGGCGCGGCUUCACCGUGUGGGAGCCCUACAUGGACGUGUCGGCCGUGCUCAUGGGACUGCUGGAGCUCUGCGCCGACGCUGAGAAGCAGCUCGCCAACAUCACAAUGGGGCUGCCUCUGAGCCCCGCAGCUGACUCUGCUCGCUCCGCCAGGCACGCUCUGUCGCUCAUUGCCACGGCUAGACCACCCGCCUUCAUCACCACCAUAGCCAGAGAGGUGCACAGACACACGGCCCUGGCCGCCAACACCCAGUCUCAGCAAAACAUCCACACCACAGCUCUCGCGCGAGCCAAAGGGGAGAUUCUGAGGGUCAUCGAGAUUCUCAUCGAAAAGAUGCCCACGGAUGUCGUGGACCUGCUGGUGGAGGUCAUGGACAUCAUCAUGUAUUGCCUGGAAGGAUCACUGGUUAAAAAGAAAGGUCUCCAGGAAUGUUUCCCUGCCAUCUGCAGGUUCUACAUGGUCAGCUAUUACGAGCGGAGUCACAGGAUCGCCGUUGGAGCUCGCCAUGGUUCAGUGGCCCUGUACGACAUCCGGACUGGGAAAUGUCAGACAAUCCAUGGACACAAGGGACCAAUCACUGCAGUGGCCUUUGCUCCCGAUGGACGGUACCUCGCCACUUACUCCAACACCGACAGCCACAUUUCUUUCUGGCAGAUGAACACGUCCCUGCUGGGCAGCAUCGGCAUGCUGAACUCGGCCCCGCAGCUGCGCUGCAUCAAGACCUACCAGGUGCCGCCCGUGCAGCCGGCAUCCCCCGGCUCCCACAACGCCCUGAAGCUGGCCCGGCUCAUCUGGACGUCCAACCGCAACGUCAUCCUGAUGGCCCACGACGGCAAGGAGCACCGCUUCAUGGUCUGAGGCCCGGCUCCCCCGCGUGCGUGCGCGCGCUGCGG